UUUGCAGGAACGACAACUACAAAUGAAUGCCCCGUGGCAUCCCGAUGUUAACACCACCGAGGCAGGUGUUGAUAGCGAGUUGCAACCGCUCACCCAAACAGAGGCCGCUGUGAUGACGUUCACCGUGGCCACGCUUGCCGUGAUCUUCGUCUUGGGCACCGUGGAGAACAUCCUGGUGUGUCUGGUCAUCGCCGUGUACAGCCAGAUGCGCACCGUCUUCAAUGUUCUCGUCUUCAACUUGGCGGUAACCGAUCUGCUCCUCGGAGCCCUGGCAGCGCCGACCUAUAUGGCCCGUCUGGUGUACGAGUUCUGGACGGUAGGCUCAGGCUGGCCAGAAAGCAACCCGGACGAAGGAAUCCUGGUUGUUUGCCACAUCUCGGCGUUCACGCAUUACGUCUGCACCUCGCAGUCGCUCCUGACCAUGAUACAGAUGGGCAUCAUCCGAGCCAUUGCUAUUUUCAAGUCCUCCAAGAGAGCCGUUUUCCGCAUCAGUAAACUCGUGCCCUGUGCUCUCAUCGUGGUCAACUACAUCAUUUCGCUCACCUAUGCCGCCUUGAAUUACCGCAAGGGGACCUUUACGUUCUGCUUAGACCAGCGCAUGCGGGCCAGCCUAGGCGUCCGUCUCAGCAGCUUGGGUAUACUUGUGGGUAAUCUCGCCAUCGUCACAGUGACAUACAUCGGAAUUUUUGUCGGCACCAAGCGACAGGGGACCGCCAUGACUAAGAGGCGAGAGAUAGGGCCAGCCGGCGCAGUUGCGACGGCGCGCCCGGUGAACCGCUUCGACAUCGCCACGGCUAAGUCGCUGCUCCUGGUGGUCGGGACGUACGCCAUCAGCUACCUGCCUUACGUCGUGUUCAUCUCCCUAUGGGCGGCAGGCGUUGUCAAAGACGAGCCCCGCCUCAUGGUCAUCUUCCCCGCCCUGACCUCCCUGUGUAGCUUGGUCAACCCCCUCAUCUACGCCGUCAACUCGAACGUAUUUAGGAGACACUUGCUGAAACUAGUCCGGCUGGACAAGGUGGUCCUACGGCGGACAGUGCCGGUGAUAACAGCAGCAGUUACCGGAACCGCCCGGGUUCCCUUUCGGCGAGAAACCCCUCAAUAGUAGCCUUAGGAACGGAACCCGAACGCCUAUGAGCUUUAAAUUUGCAAAAGCGGGUCGACUAAAUAUUCAUGAAGGGGGAGGGUAUUUUAGGGAGGGAAAUUGUAAAUUUCUUUAUGAAGCCUUUCUUUUGGAAUUACUACCAAUUCAAAGUUUAAACUGAAACUGGAAGAACUGUUUAAUUGCUCCCCCCCCCCAAAAAAAGAAUUGAACUGAGCGGUAGACAGAUUACUCAGGCGUGGUGAUGGCAAAUACAGAAGGAUGUUCAAUGUGAAUACUUGCCAUUUUUUCCAUGCUACUUUUGUAACAGGAUUCGAUUAUUUUUUGGGGGGGGCACCCAAAACUGCUAUUUCACUUAAUCGUCCAAAGUUUUUGUUCAGCGUAGAAAUGAUAUUUAUAGAAUGAAGUGAUAGUGUUGAAUUGAUGUAUUGGUCAUUAAAAAACUUCUCUUCCCUUAAGUGUUCAAGGUAAUCACGAAAUACAUUCCUCACUGAUUAAAAAACCA